AUCUGAAAAUGCAACAACAUGGUGGAAGCCUAUGGCAAUUUGCUUUCACCUAUCCAGCUCUGUCACAUCAGUACAGAUUAAGGAAAGGAGGGAAUGAAAGGAAGUCACAGAGUAUUGAAAUGUAUACACACCAUCUAUUUCCAUUUGUACUGCCAAAUGACUCUUCUUUGUUUGUUUGUUUCUUUCUUUCUCACACUCUCUCUCUCAGGCCCUCGGAGGCAGAUGUUCAGCAGCGGCCCCAGCAGCCAGGAGUUGGACCCUCUGUUCGGCUUAGCAAGAGUCGCACCGUAGACGCGUUUGGAGAGGGCCCCACUGGCAGGCCGGCCCCUGGCCGCAGUCCCUCGUCCCUCAGCCUCUUAGAGUCCCGAUUCAGGCAGGAGCCUAAGGACCCAGAGAAGAAAACAGGCAUGUUUGGCUCCAGCUUCCUGAGUGGGGCCAACCCGCUUAACGCUGUCUCGUCCAUGACCUCCCAGGUGUCCUCUGGAAUGUCCUCAAUGUCCUCCGAGGUCACCUCCAUGGGCUCCGGGGUCAACAUGCCCUCAUUUGGCCUGUUUGACAAGGAAGAAAAGCCUGGAGAGAAGCCCCAAGGUGGGCCCCCAGGGCCAGGCAGCAAGGGCCCCCAGCAGGGGGGGCCAAGACCCCCUGGCCCCGGACAAGGGCCCAGACCCCCUGGGCAGCAAGGGCCCAGACCCACUGGUCAAGGACCCCUUGGGCAGCAAGGGCCCAGAACCCCUGGCCCCGGACAAGGGCCCAGACCCCAUGGGCAACAAGGGCCCAGACCCACUGGUCAAGGACCCCCUGGGCAGCAAGGGCCCAGAACCCCUGGCCCCGGACAAGGGCCCAGACCCCCCGGGCAGCAAGGGCCCAGACCACCUGGUCAAGGACCCCCUGGCCAGCAAGGACCCAGACCCCCUGUCUCCGGACAAGGGCCCCCUGGGCAGCAAGGGCCCAGACCACCUGGUCAAGUCCCCCCUGGGCAGCAAGGACCUAGACCCCCUGGCCCCGGUCAAGGGCCCCCUGGGCAGCAAGGACCCCCUGGCCCCGGUGCACAGCCAGGCGGGCCAGCUAAAGCUGGGGGUCCCCCUGGUCCACAAGGCCCUGGUAAACCACCUGGAGGUGGGCUGUGUCCGCUGUGCAAGAGUACCCAGCUCAACGUGGGCUCCAAGGAGCCGCCCAACUUCAGCAACUGUACCAUGUGUAAGAACCAGGUGUGCAGCCUAUGUGGAUUCAGCCCCCCAGACUCGGAGGGUAAAGAGUGGCUGUGUCUCAACUGCCAGAUGCAGAGGGCUAUGGGGGGUAUGGAUGACCCUCCUAUGAUGGGCAAGGGCUCUGCCCCUCCUUCACCCUCAAGGAAAGACCCUGGCAAAGAUGGCAAGAAGCCCAAUCUACUGAUUAAGCAGCAGAGCAUUUCCGACAGAGGCUUAACCCCUCCAACCACGCCCAAACAGAAAUCCCCCGGCCCAUCUUCCCCGAAAGGCAGCCCCCAGCCCUCACCGGCCAAAGGUAAACAGGAGUCCAGCUUCUUCGGGGGCCUGGGGGGCAUCAGCCUAGGGGGGCUCACCGAUGUGGCCAAGCCUCCAGCCGCUGCCUCCCAGGCGGCCGAGUCCAUCACGGGAACAAUGUUCAGUGGCUUUGGUGGGUUCACUGGAUCAGCCAAACCUGAUCGGGCCAAAGCCGCUGCUGGUACCCCAAAAACAGCAGAGUCGGUGACGGGAAAGAUGUUCAGCGGGUUCGGUGGUUUUACUGAGACAGCCAAGCCCCCGGCGGCUGCCUCCCAGAUGUUUGGCUUUGGCUCGUCUAUCUUGAGCUCGGCCACCAACCUCAUGACCACCGACUCUGUGGACUCUGUGGAUGAGAAAGCUGGUUCUCUUGCCGAUUCUCCUGCCGGUUCUCCCCUCGGUUCUCCCCCAGACUCCCCCUUCUCUGCCCCUGGUUCUCCCCUCGGUUCUCCCCCGGACUCUCCCUUCUCCGCUCCCGGGUCCCCCCCCGACUCAGACAGCCCUGACACCCCACCUGCCUCCAAGAAGGCCCCCAAACGUGCCGUCUCCCUGCUGAAGGACCAAAAGUCCAUAGAGGCAGAUCCCUCCGUGGAGCCUCUGAAAGUGGGGGAGCAGCUUACUACGGCCACAGGCUUGGGGGCCCAGGAAAACUGCCCUCUGUGUAAGGUGGAGCUGAACGUUGGAUCAGCAGACCCCCCUAACUACAGCAACUGCACCGAGUGCAAGAAGAGUGUGUGCAACCUGUGUGGCUUCAACCCCACACCUCAUCUUGGUGAGAAAGAAUGGUUAUGUCUCAACUGCCAGACCCAAAGAGCUCUCUCUGGCCAGCUGGGCGAUAUGCCCCCUCCACCAUCUCCUGUGAAGAAGCAACUACCCACACCUACCCCUACCCCUCCUGCCUCCCCUGCCAAAGUCCCUGACUCCCCAGCUGCUGCUGCCUCUCCAUUAACGGGGAGCCCCUCAGUCACUCAGGUAGAGGCAGCAGCAGCAAAGGAAGACACCCAGCCGCUUCCCACGUCCAAGGCAACGCUGAAAGACCCUGGAGAAAAAAACACCAUCGCCAAGGAUAGCAGUCCCACCAGCCCCUCAGACCUUGCCAAGCUGGAGAGCACUGUCCUUCCCAUACUAGAGGCCCAGGCUACACAACCAAAGGAUAAUUCAGACAAACUGACCGACUCACUCAAGACCAGACGCAAACUUGAGGUGCUACCCCUCUCACCUGAAUCUCCCAGCACAGAGGAUGACCCAGAACUCUCAGAGAAGAAGGACGCCUCAGCAAAGAAAAAGCUGCUGGUGCCGACAGACAUCAGGGGUGACUCGUUGGAGGACAGCAGUGAGAGCUUAGGGAAAGAUAGUCCCGUGUCAGGGGAUGACGAAGACUUCAUUCGUAAACAGAUCAUGGAGAUGAGUGAGAACGAGGAUGCUUCGCCGUCAGACGAAGAAAACCUCAUCCGGCGAAAGAUCCGCGAUCAUGAGAGGAAACGAAUGGAGCAGGAGAAAGGGGAGGGGAAGGAGAGAAGCGCAAUGGCAAAAGGCAGGCGGCUCCUCAAAAAGAACACCAUCAGCCCUGAGGACGAAGAUGAGCGGCAAAUCUCACUGGAUAAACCUGACAAGGCAUGGAAAGAGGGAUCAAAACCCAAAGUCUCAGACUCUCAGGAAGGGGAACAGCCUUCGGCCGAUAGAGUUGUGGCAGUACGCCAAUUCAGAACAAUCGAGCUCAACACGACUACCACCCCUGUGCGCAUAUCAGAUGAUGGAGAGCUUGAGAUGGAAAGCCUCACCAACUCCCCUGAUGAUCGCUCCAGGGGCGAUGGGUCCUCCAGCCUGCACGCAUCCAGCUUCACCCCUGGGACAUCGCCUACAUCCCUAUCCUCUUUGGAUGAGGACAGUGACAGCAGUAGUCCCAGCCGCAUGCACAGUGGCGAGGGGAAACAGCACAGGAAAGCGAAGCAUAGACAACAAGGCCAAGGUCUACCCACCAUCGAAGACUCUUCUGAGGAAGAGGAGUUACGAGAGGAGGAGGAGCUGUUAAGAGAACAGGAGAAGCAGAAAGGCUCUGGGAAGAAGUCGAAGAAGGACAAAGAGGAGAUCCGAGCUCAGAGGAGGCGGGAGCGUCCCAAAACACCGCCCAGCAACCUCUCUCCCAUUGAAGAUGCCUCCCCAACAGAAGAGCUGAGGCAAGAGGCAGAGAUGGAGGAGUUCAGGCGAUCAUCCUUAUCCGAUUUCUCUCCCAGCAUCGAGUCAGAACCAGAGGGAGUUGAGAUCAAUGCUGCAAAGAUUGCAGCAGUACAGAAAGUAUACCAACUUCCUACAUCUGUUUCUCUCUACUCUCCAACAGCUGAUCAAGGUGCUAAUAAAAGCCCUGAAAAACGAGCCCUGAAAACUGCAGACGAAGCCUACGAAGAUAUCAUGCUAAAGGCUAAAACACCCACAAAGGAAAAGGUGGACACCCCUCCGGGGAAAGAGUCCCUCUAUGGUGGGAUGCUGAUAGAAGAUUAUGCCUAUGAGUCUCUUGUUGAUGGAAAUGGAAAGAAAGUCCAGCAGCAGGAGCCUGAGAAAAUCUCAGUGCCAGCUCAGCCCAAAAUACUGAGAUCUCCAGAUGAGGUUUACGAAGACAUGAUGGAGAAGAAGAAAGAAUUCAUGCAGCUGGAGCAGGAACUGAAAAAAGCACAGUCCGUGUCAGAUAGACCCAUACCAGAGAUUGUAUUGCAACCCACUGAGCUAACCAGAUCCACGAGUGUUACAGUUACUAUAGGCAAGGAUGGGAAACCACUGCUCGAUGCUGAGGCUACGUAUGAGGAACUCAUGAAGAAAGUUCUGACUCCUGGGACUAGCCCGACACAGCAGGGUCCUGAUAUAUCUGGGGCGGCCUCUGGUGGUGAGUUCGAAGGUACUGAAUCCAGAAGGGCUCUGCGUCCCAUACCAGACCUGAGGGUUACACAGUGCUCCUCAGGGGAGGAGGACGCCGAUGAAGAGGCCACUGAGAACAAAAGUCAAGAUAAGCCAAAGACUUCAUCAGACAUUCCUAAAGCUGAUCAGGCACCCUUAACAGCUGCUGCAGAAACUGAGUCCAAAUCAGUUGCUUGCAAGGUCCCCCCAUCAACAACUUCAGACCAACCACAGACCCAAUUUGAAACUUCCCAGGCUGACCAGCCUCUGGACAUAACCCAACAGGAUGUCAUGGACUUGUCUAGUAUGAAGUCCGCAGCCCCUGCUGUUGCCAGUGUAUCGCCCUUACCCACCGUCCCUCAGUACACCCCCACUGUCCCCAGUGUAGUGUCGACCACCCCACCAGUGCCCCCGAAACCAGCCAUCCUGCACAGGGCUCUGUCUCAGGAAAAAGCAGACAUUCCUGAACCCCCUCCACUGCCCCCUCCCACCAUGCCAAAGCCAUCGGUUUACCCCAGGAAACCCCCUGUUCCGCUUCCAUCUCAGGCUAUAAUCAGGUCAGAACAUGUUGCCAUGACAACAGCCCAAGGGUCGCCGGUAAGACAGCCUCAUGUCCCCCCACCGGUUCCUCCAAAGCCAGCCAUCCCUGCUGGAAUGGGGUACAGCCACAGGCCAGGGGAAAACGUCAAACCACCCCUUGCUCCAAAACCUGUCUCUCAGCCUGGCUCUCCUGCCCACAUCCAAUAUCCAAGACCCACUGCCCUCCACACAGGCCAUGCUGAUAUAGCCCUGAAUCUGAGCCCCUCAGCUGAAAGCAGGCCAGGUCACUUCUCAGGUCAUUCCUCGGGUCACUCCUCGGGUCACCCAUCCCCCACUUCUCCGCGAUACGGCAAUCGACACGAAACUUAUGUGGUUAUAACUCUGCCAUCCCAGCCCAACUCUCCAGUGGAAGGGAUCACCACCCAGGCCCCAUCCAGUCCUGGUCCAGCAUCUCCUUCAAGACAUGCCCAACCUCCACCUCAAACUCAAACACAGUAUCAACCACAACCUCAACCCCAGAAACAACCACAGCCACCUCCACCACACACAAAUAGGAUGCCCCUGGCAUUCACUCGCAUCACUGAGUCCAUGGAAAGUCAAGAGAUAUGUGGGCCAGAGAAAGUUGUGUCAAGUUCCUGUCAUGUCAUUGAGGCUAUUUCAGCAUCCGCUCCACCCCCAGAGGUCAGGUUAGGGCAGGUCACUCAGUUUGUGACGACAGAAGUUCAAAGAACCAUGGUGUCUGUCCGACACGAAAGGUCACCGCCUCCACCUCCGGCCCCAAGAGCGAACGGUGUUCCAAUCUCACUGGAGAAACCUAAACCACAACAGACACAGAGUCUCCAGGGCUACCAGCCAGGGGAGGUAGUAGACCUUCGUACCAUGAAGGUGAAUUCAGAAUCGGCCAUGAAAGUGGUGGAUCUGUCUUCUUCAGAUGUUAGACGCCAGUCCUUGGCCACAGACAUCAGCGGUCGUCAGACAAGCGCAGUGCAGUCCCCAGUGGUAAAUCUCAGCACUGAGUCGACCAGUGUUUCCAUAGUGACUGACAGCAUCACCAUAGUUACAUGUGCUGCCACCAUACAAAGUUACGAAAAUACCAACAUAUCCCAAGUCCCUUCUCUGCCCCUUCAGCUUACAACCACAAACAAAGCCUUCGAGCCUGUUUGUCAGAUUAUCUAUCGGCCCAUAGAUGCACAGCCCACAACCAGCAACAAUGCUGAGAUCCCGAUUAACCUUUCUCUAGGACCCGGCACAGGCUUAGGGUCAUUCCAGCCACCUGUCACUAUCGCCCCUACCCCUGCCCCAGGGUGUGUGGCUAAUGGUCUGAGCGUCGGGAUGCCGACAGUAGCAGGUGCGGUGGACCUUAGCACAGCCAAACCCUUCAACACCGUGGUUUCGGUCGACGCUUCCUCCGCGGAAGUGGUCACGGCUGUGAUCACAGAGGAGGAUGGGAAACCCGUGGACCUGACGGCUGGGAGAAGAGCUGUCUGCUGUGAUGUUGUCUACAAGCUGCCAUUUACAGGUAGCUGCACCACCCAGCAGCCCACUACUCCAUUGCCCGAAGACCGCUUCGGUUACCGAGACGACCACUACCAAUACGACCGCUCACCCUACAACAUGAGGGGCUUCGGUGGCAUCAAACCCUCCAUGUCCGACACCAAUCUGGCUGAGGCUGGGCUUUUCCUCUAUAAGAGCAAGAACAGUUACAAUUUCCAUGGCACCACAGAGGGUGCAGUAGACCUGACAUCCUCCAAGACAUCUGAUGCAGGUGUAGCUCUGGACUUCUCCACCAAAGGCUCAGGGUUAUAUUCAGGAAUGAUAAUCCCCCCAUAUUCCCAAGCUAGAGUCAAAGGAGCUGUUGGGACACACUUUGGCACGAGCAGUGUCCUGAGAUCCUCCAAUGGGGUGGUGUACUCUUCAGUCUCAGUACCAAUCCCAUCCACCUACGCCAUCACCACACAACCUGGGUCCAUAUUCAGUACCACUUACAACUCCCUGUCGGCGGGCAUGCACACCAGCGACACCAUGCCAUCCCUGUCCACUCUCCAGAACCAGCCCAUGACUCGGUCCCACAGCUUCAUCUCCACCACCUCUGCAGACGAUCAAGAGGAUGUCCCCCUCAACCUGGAGCUUGCUAAAGAUGGCAUAUCCACCUCCGUGGCCCUCAGCACCAAAACAGUCACCCUGGCCCUGGAAAGGCUGGACUCGUACACGGACGCGUCCCUGGAGGCUAUCGCCGCCUCGCUGGAGGCCCUGUCCUCGCCCUGUGUGCCAGGGGAGGGCCAGUACCAGAUGCAGCGUGAGAUUCUGGAGAUGGAGAAGUUCAAACAGCAGCGGUUGGCUGAAGAACUGGAGUGGGAGCGUCAGGAGAUCCAGCGCUUCCGUGAGCAGGAACAGAUGCUGGUGCAGAAGGAGCUGGAGGAGCUGCAGUCCAUGAAGCAGGCCAUCCUGUGCCAGCAGGAGGAUGAGCGCCAGGCCCACCUCAUGAUGCAAAAGGAAACCUAUGCCCAGCAGCAGCAGCAGCUAGAGCAGAUCCAGAGGCUCCAGGAGCAGCUCCGAGCACAGCUGGAGGAGCAGAAGUUCCGGAAGAUGUACCCGGGGGAGGUGUUGCUGGGGCAUGGCCAGCAGGAGGCAGUCGUCCUGGGGCCGGAUGGCACCGAGCUAGCCCGGAAAAUCAUGGAUAGUGGGUGUCAGACGGACGACGAGGACAGUGUUGUUGAUAAAGCCUACACGGCAGGGAGGAAGAAGAGAAGCACGGCCAAGAAGAGCGUAGACAGCUGCGUGCAGACGGACGAUGAGGACCAGGAGGAGUGGGAGCCUGCUCGGGCCAGACGUAGCAGGCCCCGCACGUCAAGGGGGGACAGAGGCGGACAGACUUCCGAUAUAUCCAUUCAGGCUCACUCUGAGAUCUCCAUACAGACGGACUCUGCAGGGAAUGUAAGAAUGGACACCAGGAUGGAGCUCUCCGACUCGGAAAGUCCACAUUGGGAAGACAAGAGACGGCCCACGCCCUUGGAGAUAGAACAGUCUGGCCACCUCAGAGCUGACCCCUCCUCACUUCAGGCCCCGCCCAAAUCCCCCAAUGUUCUCUACUCCCCCAUAUCCCCCUGCAUAUCCCCAAGCAAAUCCCUUGAGUUUGUGUCCUAUGAGAAAUCACUGGGUGAUACAAGCCCACAGAGAAUAAGAGGGAGUACUGAUCCGACCAAAGUCUCUCCAACCGGCAGCCCCAAGGGACCUAAGGCCAUGCAGAGAUCCAUGUCCGACCCCAAGCCCAUGAGUCCAACUGGAGAGGAGAGGGCAUCAUCCAGUUUCCAGUAUGGCGAAGGUUCCUCCGGCAAAAGCUCGUCGGGCAGCACCCCAACUGGCACCGGCAAGAAGGUGAAGAGGACCCUGCCCAACCCGCCCUCGGAGGAGGAGGCAACAGCCGCUGGCCAGACGGCCUACAGCACUGGUUCGGCCCGCCGUCGCAUGUGCCGCAACACCAACAUGGCGAGGGCCAAGAUCCUGCAGGAUAUCGACCGAGAGCUGGACAUGGUGGAGCGUGAGUCGUCCAAGCUCCGCCACAAGCAGGCGGAGCUGGACGAAGAAGAGAAGGAGAUCGACGCCAAGCUACGCUACCUGGAGAUGGGCAUCAACCGCAGGAAAGACGCCCUCCUCAAGGAGAGGGAGAAGAGGGAGCGGGCCUACCUGCAGAGCGUGGCCGAGGAUCGUGACUACAUGUCAGACAGCGAGGUCAGCAACAUCCGGGAGACACGGAGCGGCCGUGGCAGUGGAGAAGAUGAUGAGAUGGGAAGUCACGGGCUGGAGCGCCCCAGGACGGCACCCCAGUCAGAGCUGGAUGAUUUUGUGCCACCACAGACCACACACGAGGCCCAGUACGGCACGUACUCCCAGUACCAGUACCCACUGAGCCAGACGCUGUACCAGCAGCAGUCACUCUACCAAUCUCCCCAGUCCUACCAGUCUCAGUCCAUCUAUUCCUCAGUCCCAUCCCUGUCUAGCUCCCAGCAGCAGAGCUACCACCAGAUGCUCCUUCUCCAGCAGAAGGCAGCCAGGCAGGCGGCCCUGAUCCAAGAGUUGGACGCGUCGUCAAAGUACGAAAUCAUCAGCCGACAGCCCGACCCCGUGUCCUCUGCCUACAUGGGAGGGGUCAGGUACGACAAGUACGGUAACCACUUGGACCUCCGGGCCCUGGAGGUGGGGGGCAGUAUGGCUGGCAGCCCCAUGUCCAACGUGUCGGCCGACUCCUUCUAUGGAGACGUGGAGCACCACCACCACACUCCACGAAGCUACGUCCUCCUAGAAGAUGCGGCAGAGCUGGCCAAGAGCUCCACGAGUCUGGCUUCAUCCAGCUACGCCCAGGCCGAGAAGGAGCUGGCUAAGGCAGAAAGGCUGUUGCGAAGAAGUGCAGCCGACUUGACCUCCACCGACUACCUGGGCUCCAGCUCCAGGCUCCACUCCGGGUAUGGAAAGACCCCAGACGAUGAAGACUCCAUGGACGACCCCUACGAGCUGAAGCUCCUCAAGCAGCAGCUGAAACAGGAGUUCCGGAGGAGCACAGGGGGAACAGAGAGCCUGGACCCGCUGACGGGUCUCUCCCACAACUACUACGGCACCCCCAGCUCGGGUGUCUCCUCCUCCCAGAGUUACUCCCAAAGACACUACCCCAAGACGGAGAAAUACAGCAUCAGCCGGCUGACCCUAGAGAAGCAGGCAGCCAAGCAGCUCCCGGCAUCCAUGCUGUACCAGAAGCACAAAGCCCCGCUGACCGACCCCAAAGUCUCCAAGUACUCCUCGAUGCAAGACGGCAGGAGUCUGGAGACAGACUAUACCAGCUAUUUAGGGUCCAGUAACGUUAGUGCCUCUCCCAGAUCCAGCCGGCUCCUUCAGGACGAGAUCACCUUUGGACUACGCAAGAACAUUGCAGAGCAGCAGAAGUACCUGGGCUCCACGUUGGGUGCCAACCUGGCUGGCUCGCUCAACUUCGGCCAGAGCCUGGCCUUGGACUCGACUUCCUACCCCAGUGGCAGCCGGUCACGGCCCUCUUCUAGGCCCAACUCCGUCUAUGGCCUGGAUCUCUCACUCAAACGGGACCCAUCCAGUUCCUCUUUGAGGCUCAAGGGGGACGGCGAGGCGGCCUCAGACAGCUACCAGAUGCCAUCAGGGCGUGCCAAGCCCACCAGCCUGCCCAUCGUGCAGGGCGGCCGGGGGCGCAUCCCCAUCUUGGCGCAGAACUCUGAGGAGGAGAGCCCGUUGAGUCCUGUGGGCCAGCCUAUGGGCAUGGCGCGGGCGUCAGCGGGGCCCCUGCCGCCCAUCUCGGCCGACUCACGGGACCAGUUUGGUUCGUGCCUCUCCCUGCAGGACUCCCAGCAGCAGCAGCACCUGAGGGAAGAGCCAACGAGGGGUCGAGGCUACGUCUUGAUGGACGACCUCCAGGGCACCAUGUCGGACGGCGAAGCCCUAAGUGACUCCAUGCUGGCACUGAACAGAGAUGAUCCCCGGCAAUCACAUGAGAAUAUCCCAAACGCCUACCACCUACGGCGAGAGGAAACGGACUGGUUUGACAAACCCCGCGAGGGACGACCAGAGAACGGACAAGGGCCGGACAGGAGACAGGGGAAGGGUGUUUACUACCCCUUUCCUCACACCAGAGUCAAACUGCAGAGGGAUCCCAAGGACCGCAGCGUGUCAGGGAAUGGAUUGGGUAUCAGAGUGGUGGGAGGUAAAGAGGUUCCAGGGACCAACGGACACAUCGGAGCCUACGUAGCUAAAGUCUUACCUGGAGGAGUUGCCCAACAGACUGGGAAGAUACUAGAGGGAAUGCAGGUGCUGGAGUGGAACGAGCUUCCUCUAACGGGGAUGACCUAUGAGGAAGUGCAGGGGCUUGUGGUACAGCAGUGUGGCGAGGCAGAACUCUGCGUGAGACUAGAUCUGAACAUGCUGGCUGACUCAGAGGGCUCUCAGCACCUUGAUCUCCCAGACCAGAGCAAACCAGGUGACAGACCCCCCAGGUCUCCGGGGGUGGAUCCGAAACAACUGGCUGCAGAGCUACAGAAGGUGUCCCAGCAGCAGGCUCCUCCACCUACCACCGCCACGUCCUCCUCCUCCACGGUGGGGGGAGAGAAAGGACCCCACUCUGCCAUCUCAGGCGCCGCCUCGGCCACUUCUAGCGCCAUCCAGAGUCCGGGACAGCCGGGGUCGCCCUCCGUCAGCAAGAAACGCCACAGCAGCAAGUCUGCGGAACCAGUGAAGACACAAUCCCACCCUGUUACUGGAGAGAUACAGCUUCAAAUCAACUAUGACAAGCAGCUGGGGAACCUGAUUGUUCACGUGCUCCAAGCCAGGAACCUGGCCCCCCGAGACAACAACGGCUACUCCGACCCCUUCGUCAAAGUCUACCUCCUACCGGGGAGGGGUCAGGUCAUGGUUGUCCAGAAUGCCAGUGCUGAGAAUAAGAGGAGAUCAAAACAAGCUGGCCAGAGUCUGAACCCAGAGUGGAACCAGACUGUUAUCUAUAAGAACAUCCACCUGGAACAGCUGAGGAAGAAGCUGCUGGAGGUGAGCGUGUGGGACUACGACAAGUGCUCCUCCAACGACUUUCUGGGAGAGGUGUUGAUGGACCUGUCCAACACAGCUAACAUGGAUAACGUCCCACGCUGGCUCCCUCUGAAGGAACAGAGUGAGGGAGAGCACCACCGGCGCUCCCUUUCAGCACAGGGGCGCCAGCACUCCCCCAAGCCCCCCUCGCAGCACGCCUCCCCCAAAACCCCUGCCCACGGUAACCAGGACUCCCCCAAGCCCCCCUCACAGCACGCCUCCCCCAAAACACCCGCCCACGGGAACCAGGACCCGCCCAAGUCGUCGGUCAUCAAGAGCCGGAGCCAUGGGAUCUUCCCUGAUCCAGCCAAGGACACGCAGGUGCCCACUAUUGAGAAAUCUCACAGUAGCCCCGGCACAUCGAAGCCUUCCCCGUCCGAGGGCCACAGCCAACAUACGCCACGCGCGGCUCCACGUGCGGCGCCUCGCAAAAGUGCAAGGCAACACCAGCAGGAUGGCGCCGGCGGUGUCGCUGUAGCAACGGGUGAAGCUCCGGCUCCGCAGCAACAGCACCGCCUCCAACCAAUCUCCUACCCCCCAGCCCAAAGAGGCCGCCUCUCCCUGAGGCACCACAGACACACCAUAGUGGGCGUGCUCACCAUUCAGAAAGCCCAAUCCGAUUCGCUCCCCGCCCCGCCGGGCCCGGCAGCAUCGGCCACUGGGAGCCAAGCAGACAGCAGACACCUGACCUUCAGGAAAGCCAUGUCUGAAGAGAGGCCACAGAGAGAAGGAGCACGGCCCGGCAGGUCCGGCGACGCCCCGGUAACAGCCGCCUCAUUGGACAGUGGUCUGAGUGGCAGUGCUCACAGCCUAUUGGAGGAUGAGGGUGGGACUAAUGCCGUGGACAGUGCCAUCUUCCAGGUCCCUCGGUUUGGGAAGAUUCCAAAUGGCACCGACGUGAUGAUGUCACCAAUGGGCCAUAUGGACUCUGAGGGUAAGACCCAGGUAAUGGGAGAGAUCAAGAUAGCUCUGAGGAAGGAGCUGAAGACAGAGGGAGACCAGCUGGUGUUGGAGAUUCUCCAGUGCAGAAACAUCACCUACAAGUUCAAGUCUCCAGACCACCUGCCAGACCUCUAUGUGAAGCUGUAUGUGGUGAACAUUGCGACCCAGAAGAGGAUCAUCAAGAAGAAGACCCGGGUAUGUCGUCACGACCGCGAGCCCUCCUUCAACGAGACCUUCAGAUUCUGCAUGAACCCCACCGGCCACUCUCUGCAGCUCUUCCUGGUGUCCAAUGGGGGGAAGUUCAUUAAGAAGACCCUGAUCGGAGAGGCCUACAUCUGGCUGGAUAAGGUGGACGUGCGGAAGCGAGUGGUCAGCUGGCACAAACUGCUGGCUAGCUCUGCUCAGAUCCACUCCUAAAUAACCUACUGUUAACCUUGUCUAUUCUAUAGGCUCUUAACUCGCAGAGAGAAAGACGAGGAUGGCUAGGGCGCUCGAGUUUACUGUCGCCAUCACUGAUCCACUCUUUAUGGACCUACUGGACAUACUCACAGGUCCAGCAUUGGGGUCGGGCGAGGACCGUUAGGGUGCGGGAGUUAGACAUCUCUUCCGUAUCCUGUGGAUCUUGAGUUUUGGUGUCAGGGGUCAGCGUUUGAAUUGCUUGAGCUGUGACUAGGGAUUGGCUAGUGGGGAGGAAGUAGGUAUGUGUUUACAGGAAAUUAACUUGUGUUUACAGGAAGUAGUGUAGCCAGGGCAGGGAGGAGGACAUUGAGGCAACAAAGCAAGAACAGAAUCAACCAGGUAUUACACAUACACUCACACACACAGUCAACAACACAUUCAAACACACCACAAAGAAAGAUGAUCGUAAGAGACUGACACAUAAAUACAGGGGUUGGACAUGUUUAGAUUCUCUCAUUGCUUUAUUUGACUGGAGAUGUUUUUAUUUAUGAAUGAAAUUAUAACUACCUGUGGAUUCCCCUCGUGGCUUUGUAUAUUGUUAGAAGAAUUUAAUUAAUUUAUGAAGCAUUUUGGGAAUUAAAUGUUGAAGAUUUAUUAUAUGGAGAUUGCACCUCUUAUUUUUGUAUUAUAAUUAUGAUUAUUAGAGUUUUAUUGAUUAUUCUCCUCAAUUGUUUAAGUACUGAAUGAUUAAUGAAUAAUUUUUUAUCCAGGGACGCACAGUAUAUUUUGUGACAUACUCUCACUUUAAUUCUAAUUCUCGAUUUGAAAUGACUCCCUCAUCUGGCACAAGGUACAAAGACCUUGGCAAGCAUGUUUUUACAUUUUGGGACAACAAUAUUUCCCCUUCUCUUCUUUCUCUAGAUGUAAAUUUAGAUGCUGAUAUAUCAGAUAUAUUAUAUAAACAUUGUUCUAAGUAUAAUUGGUGUGGUUUUAACAGACUGGGUAGUCUUGUGCACAGGGUCAUGUUUAUUAGGCACCAAAUGGAAGAAAACAGACUGAAACAAGGAGGGACUACCUGGUGUUGUCCAGGAAGAAAUGUUCAUUUUAGUUUUCAGUUGCAAAAUGUUUUCUGCUGGGUGACCUAAUGAACGUGACAGUGAAAAGUUGCAUUGUUGCCUUUGAGGUUGACUUUGUAUAUAGUUGAGUACACUGUCGUUGUGAGAGAUAAAUAGAUAUAUUCUUAUCACAGACAAUCCGUUGUGGAUGAUUGUGGCUUAACGUAUUAUUUUUGGAAUGUGAAAUAUUGGGCACAGGUUUUAGCUGUGAUUCAAGCCUGGUUUUCCUCCUAGUAAGAUACACAGUGAACUGCUAUGCGUAAGACUAGCAUAGUUCUGACUUCUCCUUACAUUCACACAUUUGAAAUAUCUCUUCACAUGCACACUUUCAUGUUUUACUUAGCACUUUGUCAAGUUAUCGAAUGUAUAGAUGAAUAUACAGUAUGUCCCCACUCGUAGAGAAAUAUAAUAUAUAUAAGUAUGUCAAAUGAAUAUAUUAAAUAAAUGAUGAUAAUGAUGAUGAU